UCUCCCGCCAGUUACCAGAAGCCUACUACGAAGAACGUGUACAUCGCAAACAUGUCCAAACCCUGCCCAGCCACUUCUGUUACAGACCUUUGUGUUGAUAAAACGGGCGAAUCAGUCGACGAGAGGCGACGGCGCCACGCUUGGCAGAUGCUUCUGAUUCUCGGAGCGUCCGUGUCGUACUUCGUGAUGGGUAUGUCCUUAUCUUGGCCCAAUGUCCUGGCCUCUGACCUCUUGUCUGAGAACUCUACUCUCUUCAGUACUCACCUCCAGCUUGACGACUGGCAAAUGGAUAUGAUGGGCAGCAUCUUGACAAUAGGUAGCGUGCCUGGGUUCCUGGUGGCGGGGUGGAUGAUAGGGCGACUGGGGCGGCGAUGGUCCCUGGCAGUGGCAGUGGUGCCAGGCCUCCUAGGCUGGGCCGCCAUCGCCUUCGCCCUCGACGCCACCAUGUUGAUCAUCGGCAGGUUCUUGGACGGCAUCACUUGUGGCAUGGUCACUUUAGCCGUAAUCACCUACGCUACAGAAAUACCUGACACCACUCACCGAGGCUCAGUUGGAACUAUCGUCUGCUUUAUGUUCUUAAUUGGUACCGGCAUAGGUGUCAGUCUGGGAAUCUUUCUAACGUGGUACGAGGUCGCCUUCAUCAACGUGGGUCUUCUCCUGUUGUACAUUAUCGCCAUUGUUCCCUGCUUGCCGGAAAGCCCGACCUUUCUUGCGGUAAAUGACAAAGACAAAGCAGCUCACAGAAUCUUAGAACGUCUUAGAGGAACAUAUGCCGAUCUUGACGCCGAAAUAAAAUUAUUAAAGCAGUUAAACAGAGUAACAGAUGCAACCUCAAAGUGGGGUGCCCUUUUAAGUUUAGAAAACUUAAAACGUAUAUCUCUCUUGUCUUGUCUUUUCUUCAUUCAAAACUUUAGUGGGACUGCAGUCAUCAGGGUCAAUGCCACGAGAAUACUUGAAGCCUCGGGUGUGAAUCUGGAUAAAGAUAUCAGCACCACCAUACUUCUAGUGGUUCCAAUAUGUGGGGUUUUCGUGCUGACGUCCCUAGUGGACCGUAUAGGCCGUCGGCUGUGUCUAGUGGUCUCGAUGGCACCAAUGGUGGUAGCCUACGCCAUACUAGGCUGCUAUGUCUUCCUCAGUAAUUACCAAGUGACUAUCGUGUCCUUCGCUUCGCUCUACUCCAACCAUAGCCACGAAACAGGAUCCAUACAAAAGAUUGAAAGUCCAGAGAAUGAGUGGUCAUGGCUCCCUCUGGGGUGUCUCCUGGUAUGCAUCUUCGCCAUGAACAUUGGCAUCGAGUCUCUGCCGUGGCACCUGUCAUCUGAACUCUUCCCAACCACCAUAAGGUCCCAGGCGAUGAGCGUAUGCACUGUCGUGGGGAGCGUGUUCGCGGCGGCGGCCCUGCAACUGUACAGUCCCAUGCAAAGCUUCCUCACCCCUGCUGGUCUCUACUGGACCUAUGCCGGCGUCUCUGCCCUGGGAAUAGUCUUCAUUCUCCUCACUAUUCCAGAGACCGCCCGUCAGGCAGUUGGCUAGGCCCGGAGACAAUACGUGAAGCAGUUGGUUAGGCUCGGAGACCGCCCGUCAGGCAGUUGGCUAGGCCCAGAGACAAUACGUGAAGCAGUUGGCUAGGCUCAGAGACCGCCCGCCAGGCAGUUGGCUAGGCCCAGAAACAAUAUGUGAAGCAGUUGGCUAGGCUCGGAGACCGCCCGUCAGGCAGUUGGCUAGGCCCAGAAACAAUACGUGAAGCAGCUGGCUAGGCUCGGAGACCGCCCGUCAGGCAGUUGGCUAGGCCCGGAGACAAUACAUGAAGCAGUUGGCUAGGCCCAGAGACCACACGUGAAGUAGUUGGCUAUUCUUAUUAUUGUUAUUUCCUUUUUUAACUUCAUCUGUUCUCCAGUAUGUCUUAAUUUAGUGCUACGUCUGUCAUUUAUAAUUUAUUAUGUAGGAUGUCUAUAAGACAAAUUUAACGAUUAAUAUUUUGGACCCAUGAAGCCUCAUGAUGAAAUAAAUCAAAUCAAAUCAAAUCAAAUUAUUCAGGUAAUGUACAUACAUACGAGGUGAGAUACAAAACAUUGAUGGAUUUAUAGCUAGAUGGAUUUAGAUAUAGAUAGAUUUAUAUAACUUUUUAUAGCUUCAACGCUACGUUCUGUCAGUA